ACCGGCUAGUCUGCAGUCACAAGCCAAACACACGCACGCAUCGAUCCAGAUCCGACGGAGUAACGAGAACACCACCAAACAUUCUGUCUGCGCGUGCAAAGAACACCAACGACACAAACCCAUACACAACCACGCAAUCAAAGACGCCGAACUCGAAGGGACUAAGCGAUCCUUGCCGACUCACCCCCGAAAAUGCCAUCCUCACAACGUCCCUUCUUCCUCUCCUCCUUCUUGGCCGCCUUCCGCCAACAACCAGGCCCCUCCGCCUCCUCUUUGUCAGCGGCUGCCUCCUCUCAACCCAACAAAUCACACUCCCACCAGUCCCCGUCCACAUCCACAACCGCUACCUCGGGCGCUCGAACCAUCUCCACAUCCGCCUCCACAUCAUUACCGUCCUCUCAAACAACAACAGCGGUUGCGCAACGGACAACAACGGCAACGACGGGGGCAGGGAGCGUGAUGAACCAGCUCCCACUCCACUCGCCUGGGCGCGCGGUACCGAUACCGGGGUCCCCACCGGGCCGUCGGCGGGGCAGCGACAGCUCGAGCGAGGGUUUCAGGGACGUGUUGGGGGCGGAGAAGUGGUAUAUUGGCGGGCGGACGGCGGGCGGGGAGGAGAAAUUCUUCAAGUUGGGGGUUGUGAAGAGGGUGAGGAGUAAUGACCGGCUUAGUUUAGAUCGUUUAAGUUUGUGAGUUAUAAUGAUGUGGGAGUAUGGGAAUGGGCAUGGGCAUGACAUCGGGAACGGGAAUGGGAAGGACCAAGGGUGGGGGAUGAUGUGAUCACGAUUGCUGGCUGGAUGGGUCAUUGAUGCCAUAAAAGGGAGAAAUCGUCAGGACAAGAGGCAUAUCGCGCCUCGCUGGCACGUCAUGCUGGAUGAGACGGGGCAUGCGCUUUGGAAUGUUGGCCUGAUGACGACUCAAGGCUGACCAGGAACAAACAAGAUCACAAUACCCGUUGGGACAUACGUCCUAUCGCGCAACCAGGCUAGGCUAGGGUCCGAGGAUUGUAGAACGCACUCGCAGUGCUACACGAACGCGUUGCUAUGAUGAUGACGGCAGUAGAGCAGGGCAUACACUAGUUCGUAACGCAUAUAGACGAUGACUGCCAAAAGCACGACUUCACUCUUCAUUUCACCAUUUGACCGGCUUCUU